UGGAGGAGGAGAGGAGAAGCUGGCUGGGGAGUGUCGUCGCCUGAUGCGACGAUGCGACGACGGUACACCAUGGUUUCACUGCUCUCGUCUGUGUUUCGACAACCGCAUUGCUCAUUGAUUGGCAAGCAGGCUGGGACUGGGUUGCUUUUACGCUGCCAAGUGCACGAUAUUGCCAGGGGAAAGCAGAAAGUUCCAGCGCACAGCCAGAGGGCUUUGGACAAAGGAACGGGAUUCAACAAGGACGCUGUUGUGGUCGUUUCUCUUCCCUCGCUGCACUAUCACUCACCACUGCUUUCUUGAGGGACUUUCUGCGGCAUACGCUUGCCGCUCAUGAAUACAUGGGUCGUAUGAGGUUUGUGGACUGGACGGCAUCUCAGCAAGGGUAGCGGCUCCUUCGGGCGGAUAUAGUAUACACAUAGUACUUGGAAGACUACUCGCGAGUCGGGUG